AUGGGGCCCUGGGGAGAGCCAGAGCUCCUGGUGUGGCGUCCGGAGGCGGUGGCCUCGCAGCCCCCAGGGCCCGUGGGGCUGGAGGUGAAAAUGGGGGCCCUAGUGUUGCUGCUGGUGCUCACGCUUCUCUGCAGCCUGGUGCCCAUCUGCGUGCUGCGCCGUCCGGGGGCUGGCCCCGAAGCCUCAGCCUCCCGCCAAAAAGCCUUGAGCCUCGUAAGCUGCUUCGCAGGAGGCGUCUUUCUGGCCACCUGUCUCCUGGACCUCCUGCCUGACUACCUGGCGGCCAUAGAUGAGGCCCUGGCGGCCCUGCACGUGACGCUCCAGUUCCCCCUACAAGAGUUCAUCCUGGCGAUGGGCUUCUUCCUGGUCCUGGUGAUGGAGCAGAUCACACUGGCUUACAAGGAGCAGUCAGGGCCGCCGCCUCGAGAGGAGACGAGGGCCCUGCUGGGAACAAAUGGUGGGCCGCAGCACUGGCACGACGGGCCAGGGCUCCCACAAGCGGGUGGAGCCCCAGCGGCCCCCUCGGCCCUGCGUGCCUGUGUCCUGGUCUUUUCCCUGGCCCUGCACUCCGUGUUCGAGGGGCUGGCGGUGGGGCUGCAGCGAGACCGGGCGCGGGCCAUGGAGCUGUGCCUGGCUCUGCUGCUCCACAAGGGCGUCCUGGCCGUGAGCUUGUCCCUGCGGCUGCUGCAGAGCCGUUUGCGGGCGCAGGUGGUAGCUGGCUGUGGGAUCCUCUUUGCAUGCAUGACACCUCUGGGCAUUGGGCUGGGUGCAGCCCUGGCAGAGUCGGCUGGGCCACUGCACCAGCUGGCCCAGUCUGUGCUGGAGGGCAUGGCAGCUGGCACCUUUCUCUAUAUCACCUUCCUGGAAAUUCUGCCCCAGGAGCUGGCCACUUCUGAACAGAGGAUCCUCAAGGUCAUUCUGCUCCUCGCAGGCUUUGCCCUGCUAACUGGCCUGCUCUUCAUCCAAGUCUAGGGGGCUCCAGGUGCCCUAGACCUUCCUUUCCUCUCCCAGAGUAUGAGAAUAAGGAGUGGGGAAGGGAGGUACUGAGGAUCAAGGGGUUCUCAGAGAUAGGGAUGGAGUCUUUGGAACUAUCUGACCCAUGAGAGGGAUGUGGUAGACAAGAGCCUGGCC